CGGGGCUAUGCAACCACCCAUUCCGGAGCCGACGGGAAUUACAGCGAACUGUCUGCUUCCGGUAGCAGCCAACAUUCUCUGUACUUGGUGAAUAAGACGGCUUUGCUAUCAUCAUCAGUCCUAGCCACAUGAUGUGGGGCAGUUUGGGGUACCGACUCUGACGCGGCCCAUGGGAGUCUUGAAAGAUACCCAAUCGCUUUCCUUCUGGCAACCCCCGGCUGGAUCGAUAUUACCCGUGCUCUCGAUGCUUAAGAUCUACCGAUUCAUGCACACAGUUGAUGUGCCCGUCAAUGUUGCUUUGCAUACUGCAUAUAUAAAUCUGACAAACUGCAAGCCACAAGUCACUACUCGCAAUAAACCAAAAAUGCCGAACAAGUUGCGAGAUGAUCUUCACAAGAUCGACACCAACUCUUUUGACUACAUCUACGAAGAGAAUGCUACGGUCCAGCUAAACGGCGGGCGUGGCAUUGUCCGAUGCAAUAUAUUCCGGCCAAAGGCGGCCGAAGGAACAAAAUUCCCUGUUCUGGUAACAUAUGGACCGUAUGGCAAGGACGUCCACUACUCGGUGUUUCACGCUGCAUCGUUUGCAGAGGUUCCGGAAGAACACCACUCACCACAUUCAGCAUGGGAGACACCUGAUCCUGGAUAUUGGACUCGACACGAAUAUGCAAUCGUACGAGCCGAUGAGGUUGGUCUUGGUCAGUCACCUGGUGUGCUCAACACGAUGUCCAGAGAUACGAGCCUGUGUUUCGCGGAUGUGAUUGAAUGGGCAGCCUCUCAGCCAUGGUCUUCCGGAAAGGUUGGUCUUCUCGGAAUCAGCUACUACGCGGGUAGCCAGUGGCGAGUUGCGGCGCGACGGCCUCGUGGCCUUGCCUGUAUAGUGCCCUGGGAGGGAAUGAGCGACUAUUACCGCGACCGCUGCCGUCACGGCGGCAUCUUGUCAAACACCUUCAUUGACUUCUGGUGGAACCGACAAGUCAUUGUCAACCAAUACGGGCGGCCCGGGAGAGCUGCACGAAAAUGGGGCCCAGAUACCAUCGAAGGUACUUUGGAGGAGGUCGAACUUCGCGCCAACUGCCAUGACCAGAACGUGGAUAAUGUUAACAACCAUUUCCUCGAUGACGACUACUAUGCGAGCAAAGACUAUAAUCUGUCGGACAUAGAGGUGCCCUUGCUCUCUGUCGGAAACUGGGGCGGCAUUCUCCUCCACCUUCGAGGCAAUGUUGAAGGGUUCCUAAAUGCAGGGUCAAAGCAUAAGUACCUCCGAUUUAUCACUGGUCGUCACGACCUUCCAUUCUAUACUAAGGAAUACGUGGACAUGCAACGAAGUUUCUUGGACGCCUUCCUCAAGGGACACGACCCUCUGGGAUGGUCAGAUGACAAGCUACCAAAGGUUGGGUAUAGGGCCAGAACAGGUGAUGUUGGUUUCAAUGACGCUGCCGCCGAGAGUGCUUAUUCUACUCGGUACGCAAAGGACUGGCCAAUCCCCGGAACGCAGUAUACGCACUACUACUUGACGCCUAGCCAAGGUCUGAUCGGGUCUCCCCCCACGGGGAAGGCUUGUAGGCUGUCCUACAAGGCUUUGGGAGAUCUCAACAAUCAACAUCUUAUCCAGUUUACUAGUGAGCCGUUCAACCAGGAGACUGAGUUCACAGGCCAUCCCGUGGCACAUUUGAAUGUGUCGGUUACUGCAGCUGAAGGUUCGACAUGCAAGCCGAGCGAUAUCGACCUCUUUAUCACAAUCCGACAUUUGAAUUCCCAUGGUAAAGAGAUCCUAUAUACAGGUACAGUUGGAGAUCCAGUCCCUGUAACCAAAGGCUGGCUGCGAGUCAGUCUGCGAAAGACCAACGAUAAAAGCCCGAGGCAUAAGCCAUGGCACCCUCAUCGUGAAUAUCUCUCAACUGAUCGUGCACCGCUUCUCCCCGGACAGGUUUAUCCUGUGGACGUGGAGAUCUGGCCGACCAACGUGGUUAUGGCGCCUGGAGAUCGUCUGGUGCUAGAGAUAUCAUCGGGCGACACUCAAGGUGCAGGCUUGUUUGAGCAUAAUUCAAAAGAUGAUCGGGAUGAUGCGACUUUUGGUGGUGUGAAUCAUGUUCACUUUGGGGAGGAGUAUGAGAACUGGUUGUCGAUGCCUUUGAUUCCAGCUGGCCAAGCAUCAGAUUAA